GAUUGAACUUCACUCUAGAUUGCAACCUCCUUCCUCUGUCCAACAUCUGAAGACAUGGGGAAAGAAAUCUGAAACCAAAAGACACAUCAACUUCUGGCAGAGCCACUUGAUUCACUGGGACUUUAAUAUCAGCAGCCAUUCACAUCGAGAAGACAUGUUUGCUUUUGUUUGCUUGAAAGAUUUUGGACACUGGUGUGGCAGGAAGAAUACUGAGACACCUGAGUGAGGGAGAUUCAAUGCGCUGACUGUGAAAAGUGCUUCAUACCAUUUACUCAGCUUGGAGGAUCAAAAUCUCACCCCUCACGGUGGGGAGAGACUGUGUACCCUUUCCGUUUGUAAUUUGAAACACAGAGUGACACAAGGAAAGCUUCCCCCCAUGUGGAAAUGUUGGUACUGUGGGAGAAGAUGCCCUUUCCUAUCGAUGCUGGAAACCCACAGACGCGGACAGGGAUUUAGUGAGAUGGGCCAUCUGCAGACGCACCAGCGGGUCCAUGUGGAAGAGAUGCCGUUCAAGUGCUCCAUGUGCGGGAGGGAGUUCACUCGGUCAUCUACACUGCUGGCCCACCAGCGGGUCCACACCGGAGAGAGGCCAUUCACUUGCUCACCGUGCAGGAAGGGCUUCACCCGCUCCUCCCACCUGCAGAGACACCAGUGAGUUCACCUGCCAUUGAAGGAGCUUCAGCCGAAUGCUAUUAUCGACUGCAUUAAUAACUCAGUUCUGGGGACUCCUGGGUUUGAAUAGCAGAUGGUGGAGUUGGAAGUCAGUCAGAAACCUGGAGUUCAGAACCUCAUGAUGAGAAAAACAUCCCUAUCUGAUUCACUCAUGUUUUAGGGAAGGAAACUGCUGUUGUGGGAAAGGAUUCACUUAGUCGUCCCAGCUGCAGGCUUUACCUGGUCUGGUCUACACGUGACUCCAGACCCACAGCAGUCUGGUUGACUCUCGACAGCCCCUCGGCAAAUGAGCGGGGAGAAUCUUACUUGGAGACAAGGACACUAGUGUGGCAGGAAGAAUACUAAGACACCCGAGUGAGGGAGAUUCAGUGGGCUGACUGUGGAAAAAGUGCUUCAAACCAUUUCCUCAGCUUGGGGGAAUCAAAAUCACACCCCUCACGGUGGGGACAGACUGUGUACCAGUUCUGUUUGUAAUUUCAAACCCAGGUGACACAAGGAAUACUCUCCCCAUGGGGAAACCGUGGAAAUGUGGGGACUGUGGGAAAGGAUUCCCUUCCCCCUCAGUGCUGGAAAUUCACAGACGUGUUCACAGCGGGGAGAAGCCGUUCAUCUGCUCAGUGUGUGGGAAGGGAUUCACAAAUUCUUCCAACCUGCGGGCGCACCAGUGGGUCCACACGGGAGAGAAGCCCUUCACCUGCUUGGUGUGCAGGAAGGGGUUCACGCAUUCAUCUGCACUGCUGACCCACCAGCGGGUCCACACUGGGGAGAGGCCGUUCGGUUGCUCAGAGUGCGGGAAGGCUUUCCGUCGUGUGAGCAACUUGAGGAAGCACGAGCGGGUCCACACGGGGGAGAGGCCAUUCACCUGCCCCGAGUGUGGGAAGGGAUUCAUUGAUUCUUCCAGCUUGCUGAACCACCAGCAGAUCCACACAGGGGAAAGGCCAUUCACCUGCUCUGUGUGCGGGAAAGGAUUCAAUCAUAUGAGCAAUUUGCGGCAGCAUAAGCGGGUCCACACUGGGGAGAGGCCAUUCACCUGCCCCGAGUGUGGGAAGGGAUUUACCAACUCUUCCCACCUGCUGACCCACCAGCGGAUCCACACUGGGGAGAGGCCAUUCACCUGCUCCAAGUGCAGGAAGGGCUUCACCUGCUCCUCCGACCUCCAGAGACAUCAACGAGUUCACGUGCCAUCACAGGGAAAUUGAAGGAGUGACAGAUAAGUACCAUUUUUGACUAGACUAUCAACCCCGUUCUGGGGUCUCCCAGGUUUGAAUCCCACCGUGGUAGAUGGCGCAAUUGAAAUCUGGAGUUCAGAAUCAAAUGAUGAAACCAUUUUCAGGGGAAGAAAAACCCCACCUUAUUCACUCAUGUCCUUUUUUAGAGAAUGAAGCUACCUUUGCAGGAAAGGAAUCACUCAGUUAUUCCAGCUGCAUCCUUUACCUGGUCUGGCCUACCCCUGACUCCAGAGCCACAGCAGUGUGGUUGACUCUUGAUUGCAUCCCCCUCCUGUAUAUGAGCUGGAGAAACUAACUUGUAUACAGGGUGUAGGCUGAAACUGCUGAGUGAGGCAAUACUUCCUCCAGGUGAAGGCUGUACCAGGGAUCCAGUUCCAAAGGGAUAAUUUGGUGCUGACCAAUAGUAAAGAAAGUGGGGGAUGGGGAGUGUGUGCACUUUGACCUUGAGCUUUUUAUUUAAA